GGCAGGCCUCGACUUAGGGUUAGCUUCAUCGGCGACGGCGGCGGCGGCGGCUGCGACAGGGAUCGUCAUGGCUUGCGUCGAGGAGGAUGACUUCUGCUUUGUGGAGCCUAUCUUCUACGAUGAGGCGAGGGAUCUAGCCAGGCGAGCUCGGGCGUUGGAGAUGACCCGGCGGGAGGAAGAGGAGAAGGCGCGGCAGGAAGAGGAGAAGGCGCGGAAGGCGGAGGAGAGACGGCGGCGAGGCCUAGAUCACAAGCGGGUCAUGGCAUCCAUCGUCGAGUACGACCCCAAGACGAAGCGCAAGGUCUGCACCCGCUACUCCUUCAACGACUUCUCGGUCUUCGACAUCAACGAGGAGUCGCCUAUCCCUCCAAUGCGAUACACCAAGAGGUCUGUACAUGGUUUGAAACUCCGAGACACUGCAAACAUACUUACUGUCAAGAUAGUAUCCUCGGAUAAAGGCUUCCCAAUCAAUGUGUAUGGCACUAUCAUCGCUAGAGACAGCAUCGACCACAAGUGCAUGUACCUCUUUAACCGCACCAGGGACAAUUGCCAACCUAUCAAGUCAAGGGAUGAAAAUUUGAUCUUAACUGGCCCAGGUCGAGGUCUGGUAUUACUUGAUUUCAUAUAUCUGGAGAUUGAUCUUAAAAUCAAGGUUGGCGAGGAGCCUCUAGGCGAGCAAAUCAGCAAGGGUUUGCUUAUGAUUGAUGGACGAGUUCUGCCUAGAGUCAAAAAGGUUGCUGUUGCACAUCAAACUCUUGAGAGCUGGUUUAGUAUUGUGGACGUGAGGUAUGCAACUCUUCUUCAUGCUGUCGAGGGUACGUUCGAGAUCAAGUUACUUGAGGGACGUUUCUGUGGAAAUAUCACGGCUGGCAUAAAUGGCAUUCAACCUAGGAUUGUGAUUUAUAAUAGCAAGGAAGACGGUGUGGUGUCUUGUGAAGGCCGUACAGAUAUCACACUCCGUCGGCGUGUCAUGACCCUCCGUCUGGAUGGUAUGCUCACACUUGGCUUUGCAGUCCGUGGUCUUGGUGGUGCUGCUACUAGAAAACAGAAAGUUGAAUUCACACCACAACACCGUGGUGAAGAGAAAAAAGAGUUCUCUUGUGGUACUGCCAAGCUUCAAGUGAAGGUCUUCUGGUCCAUGCUGGACUAUAGGCGGUAAUCCUGUAGUAACAUGACAAACAAAGUUGUGGUGUUAUGAAGUGAGGGUUGUGUUAUCAUGCUUCAAAAUGAUGUAAUGGAUCAAGUAAUGUUUGUAGCGAACUAAGUUAUAUGUUUAUAUUGUCAUGGAGUGGUAUAUUGAAUUUGUUGUUUCUGCCUUUUGGCAGUACUGGAUGGAAGCAGUUAUGUUUGAAGUGUAUUAUGCUGAAAGUUGAACA